AUGUCUCAACUUUCCCGUGACCCCUGGGCUAAGCGUGAGGCUUGGCGCAAGCACCCUAUCUUCUCGUACAGCUACUACUACCGCAACAUGUUCCCUGGCCUCGGCCUUGGUGUGACGGCGUUUGUAGCCUACUGCGUGUGGGAGAAGUACGCUAAGAAGCCAGCCUCGCACGGUGCGCAUUAA